AUGUCAGUUGUACAAGAUAAUUUCCAGAUUUUUGUCGCUCUGCCGACUGAUGAUGUUUUUACCGUCAAAGGACUAUCGCGCGAAAUGUUCGUGUGUGAGCUUAAAUCAAGGAUAGAACUUAAAGCGGGUGUUCCAGGGGGCAUUUUUAGCUUAUUCUUCAUGAAUGUUGAACUGUUAGACAAGGAGACUCUGAAAACGUAUAACCUCAAACAUGGCUGCAUUGUCAGAGUAAAAAUAGAACAGAACUGGAUCGGUCUGUUUGAAGCUUGCUGGCGCGGGGAUAUCUACGAUGUUUUUGAAAAUGGAGUUCAGUUCUUGGACGAGAAGAAAUUUGACGGAUAUUACAUUUCUCUUUGGAAUAAGUUGGUGAUCCGGCGCGCAACGCUCUCGUUAUUUAUUGCUUGCCAUCGUGGUUACCUCGGACUAAUACUUGAACUUAUUAACCGAGGAGCCACUGAUAUCAACAGUAAAACCAUAUUUGGACGGAGCGCACUGCAUGUGGCGGCCUAUCAAGGUUUUGUGGCCUGUGUAUCGUUGUUGCUUAGUGAAGGCGCUGUUUGUAAUCAAAUUGACAUUCAAGGUAAAACACCUCUUGCAUUAGCCAACGAAAACGGUCAUGUUUACUGUGAGAGAAGACUUUGGCUUUAUCAGUGGAGUGUACAAACAUUUAGACAACCGUCGUCAAGGUGGAGUAAGGAAUCAAGCGAAUCAAGCGAAAGUGGAGAAAGGUAAGCUGGGUACCCACGACUUCAUUCAUAUGAUACUCGUGGGAUAUGGUAAGCAAACGACCUCCUGAAUCAUAGUUUCUUCAAACCAUUUUACUUUGCCUAAAAUUGACUAUAUAAACUACAGAAUACUUAAGAUUUAGCCACAGCAACUACCCCAAUUAUUAUACUACAGCAUUCGGCACCCUGUAAUAAUUCGUUAAAGAAAAUUUGCUGGAAAGCCGAGAACACAGUUUCAGUGUCAGGUAAUUGAUUUUGUUUGGAGCAAUUGCUCCGUGUUUCCCUUGGGUAGUGUUAACUAAUGAAGGUAUUCAAAAAACAAAACACACUUCAAUCCGUGUGCACACCCUGCUUGCAAGUUUAUUAAAUCAGAGAAAAAAGUCUUUUGACCUGCUCGUUUUGUAUCAGGCUUACGCAGGAUUAUGAGGCCCCAACUCUAAGCUUUAUAUUCAAAGGUCAAAGUGACAGCAAGUGGUAAAAUUAAUUUGGUGGAUUAUCUUGUCAGUCUCGUCUUCUAAAAUAAUUUUGUUCCAUGUAAGGAAAGCCGGGUUCCGGAAUCCAAGACAUUUGUUCUUGUGGAAUCCAGAAUCUGGGAAAAUUUGCCUGUGGAAUCUGGGAUCCUGGGCUUUGGAAUCCGAAAUAUAGUUCAAGGACUCCGGAAUUCUUCUAAGGAUUUGAAUCCAGAAUCCGAGUGUUACUAACUAAAGACUGGAAUCCAGUACCUUGGAAUCUGGAGUCCACGGCGUGGAAUCCACAAUUCAUGACUGUCUUGGAUUCCUUUAAAUGGGGCGCCGAAUAUUCAUUAGCAAAAUUGCCAAUGCUGAACAACGAUUUUCAUUCAUCAUCUACGACUUUAUUCUUAGCAAGAGGAUGCUCAUCGCGCCAACUGUUGUCUGUUUCUGUGGAGUUGUGUAACUAAUCAGCUUUUUGUUUCACCAGAAAUGGGCGAUAUUCCCAGAACUUCAAGCAGUUACCAUUUACACGAAGAAGACCAGAAGAGCCUGAUAACAACAAUAACAGCAUCAUAGACAACAAUAAUGAACAAGAAACAACGGUAGGGUGUUUUGAAAUCCAAGAAAUGUUCACCCUAUACUGGAUAGCUUUUGUGCUGCCACGAAAAUCUUACGGGAAAGGGCUUCUGUUCGCACACAAGAAUGGCGAUUUCAGCGCGACUUCUGUGACGUAUCGCCGCGCUAAUUUCGAAAGUGGAGCGUCACAGAUCCAAUAAGAUUUGGUGUAGUGUGACAACCUAUUCGGACCGCUGAUACCUAGCGCGGAAUUGAACCGAAAUCUCUCCUCUCGUCUCGAAUUGUUCUCGCAUCCGCUAGAACGCGCCAGGGUACGAGGAAGGUGUCAAUAUAGCCUUAGUGAAAUAUGGCAUUAACAAAGCGAGAGAAAUAAUAAGCGUGCAAUAAACACUUAGUGGUGACUAGAUUCAUGUGUCUGUUAGUUACUUAUACUUAGUUUUCAACUUUCUGUCGUCCGUAAUUGUUUUACGUAUAGCUUAUUCAAGCAGGUGGAGCACGUGUAUUCAACCUCCGAUAGUGCAUCGAUUUCCACUUCUUAUUGUCAUACCUAAUACUUACAUUCAGUAAGGAGAGUUACUCAAUAUUUCCAGUCUAAAGGGAGGCGCUUAUUUGAAGCUGGGCACUAUUGUAAGCAUUACUGAAGGUAACUUCUUAACUCAAUGGAAGCCUAAGGAUACUUCAAAACACGAGCUUUAAACAGUAAAAAGAAAGGAGAUAGGAAGUUGUUUCUCAAGGGUGUAAUCCAGGUGGAACAAUAUAGUAAGUUGACAGAAUUCAACCUUUUAAAGGUUGAUUUCAUUUCUACCAGAAGAGCUUCUCUCUUCAUUAUACAGUGGAUUACUGAUUGUUGUUACACUCUUAGGAGGCCUUAGUCUGCUACACAGCCGUUUUUAGUGUCGUCACGCAACGCUCCUCCGGGAGGGGCGUUGCGUGACGACACUAAAAACGGCUGUGUUGCAGACUAGGAAGGGCUAGGGUAACUGAAAAAUAAAUGAUUAUUAAUAUAUCCUCUAAAAAAGCCUGUAAGAAUAAAUUUGAUUUGCUACGUUUUUAUGACCCUUCUACUGACUUUAUUCUCCAGGCAGCUCGUCUUCAACUUCCUCGCGUUAUAAAAGACGAUGGCAAACGACUUACCCGUCGAAUAAACAGUUAUGAACCACCUCAGGUUCCCUUUCCUACUGUGCAAAUAGCUGAGAAGUACAGGAAAGAGUUUCAGGAGUAUAACGACAAGACACUUCAUUUACCAACCCAGACUCAAAAUGGAUUAAAGAAGAAAGAAUUUGUGGAAGACCAAGACAUCAAAGUACCAGCCAUAACGACACCCUUAGCAAAUGAAAUAGAGCUUGUGGGAGAGAUCAACAACAAUGCCAGUGAGAGCUGUGUGGAAGAUUUAAAAAGACAAGUCGAGAGUAACACUCCAAGCUGCGAGGAAAAAAGUGAUGGUAAGCUGUAGGUACAAGGCUAGGAAGUUAGGUAUCAAUAGAGUUACUGUAUUUGCAUGUCAGUCUUCAGAUAACUGGUCCUUUGUAGACCAAUUUCAUGUUUUGUUUUUCUCUUUAACUUCUUUUAUAUUUCGAACGCCCCUCUUUUCUUCUGCAGUGCUAUUGACGGUCUUUUUUGUGUCGUGGGCUCGGUCUUUCCACAGAAUGCCUUCAGCCGAGUUAUACGUGACUUUGUGCAAGAAACACCUUCGAACAACAAGAAUAGCUACCGAAACUCGGAUUCUAAAAGCCGUUCUCAGUAGAAAUUUAUCUUGGUAAUUUUACUGUAGCUUAGAGUGUAAUUAAGGAGGUGUCAUGUACAUUUAGAAUCACGAAACGUCAGGUUGAACUCAGGAGACUCAGUGAUACGAGUUCUCAUAAUUAGAAAAUGAGCCGACAAAAAAUGUCCAAAUUUACUGCGCUUUUUAAAAACACGCGAAUUCUGAAGUUUAAAAGCCAACUGACGAUUCCGUUAUUCGCUGCCGUCAUCUAAACGGACCUCUUCGCAAACUGAAGUUUACUUCAAUGGGUUCAAAAGGUCUAUGGUUUGUGAUUUGCGAUUGUUGGAUUUCGAUCCGUUUUGCGUGUUUCUUUGUCUCAAGGUUCGCUAAUUGUAAUCGUAAUUAUGAUUGACGGUAGCGAAAAACGAAAUUGAGCCUUUUGAACUUCAGAGUUCGCGUGUUUUUGAAAAGCGUCGUAAACAGAACAAAUAAAUCUGGCACGAAACUACUUCUCUGCUGCCUCCCCCCUCGAGCUCAGACGCUUUUUUUUUCGCACAGAGGCAAGCGCGAAACCCAAGUAUAUAACUGUUCGCAAAGCGCUAGGGACCGCGGGAAGGAGAGGCGAAUCACGUCUCGUCCGUUUUCUCCUUCCCGCCUUCGUUUGCCCGCAUCGAGAGAGAAAGAGACGUCUGGGUAAGAGGCAGACUUUUCUAUGAAGAAAAUUGAAGGGAAACAAGGUCACGUGCUACAAACUGACGUUGGCGUAAACAUGAUUUUACAUCUUAUUUUUCACGGAGGAAAUAUAUGUUUGUCACUGUUUGUCUGUAUGGCUGGAUGGUUUAGGCCACUAAAUUAAAGAAAAGUCAGCGAUCUAUUUUUUGUUUGUUUGUUUUUUGCUGUAAAGACCAAACAAACAAAGAAAUUCUCACAGGCAAGCGAUACGCUGAACAUCAAGGACAAGAUAAUCGAGUCACAGAGGAAUCUAAGCCCCAAGAGCAAGAUAGGUAGCUAUGAUUUUCGGACCUUUUAUUUAUGUUUAUAUUAAUUUUGUUGAUAAAAGUGACCGGAUUAAUCACUGAAGAAUAUUGAGGUUUAUCUUGAUAAUAUCUUAUAGUUUUAUUACGACGCAAAAAUAAUUUCUAAACGCCAAUCGAAACACUGUUUAAGGACGGACUACUAAGGAAUUCAUCAUUCCAAAUCAAUCAACACUGAAUAUCGAUCCAAACAACACCCUCAUAGUUUCUUCUGCUAAUGUACGUGGCUUUAAAAGUCCUCUCUUUUUCUUAGAGAUGAAUAUGUUGAGAGAGUGGAAUUGUCGAAAGGCAGGGUUUAAAAUUGCCUUGGCAGAAAGCAAUCAGACUGUGACAAAUGAUAGCUAAUAGUUAACAUCUUCUCGUGUAAGAUCCAAAUAACGUUCAGGCUGACUGUACCUCCAUUUACGUAACCUACAAAUUCUAACAAGACUGAGCAACUUAGCCCCUGCGCUUUUCGCUAAAGAUUGGUUCGCAUCGCCAUUUUUUUUUCAGCUGUAUUUCAAACUAAAGUAGUGUUUUUUUCCUUUUGAAGACUUGCUUAUGCGAUCUUUGCAUAAGGCUUUCGCAACGUAUGUAACCUGUAACGCAUCGUAAUUUCUAUAUUUGAUCUUAUUUUAGCAGGCCUGUUUCAGGUAGAUCCAAUGGAAUCCGUAAAUUGGACAUCCUGAUGACCGAGUCAAGAGUUGAAAAGAUGAAAACUGUAUCGUCGUUAUACGAGCAAGAUAAGUUACAUGCAUGGGAUAAAAAUGAAUCUGAGAGCGAACUAGAACCGCAGCAGGAAAGUACGUUAAUCAAUCUUCGGAAAGAAUACUCUUGUAAGAAACCUUCUCAAUCUUAUGAAGACUGGCUUCAAAUGAAGCAAUCUCAAGAAAAAAACAGACCAUCAACUGCGCCAACACAGAAAAGCAGGCUUGGAAAGAGUAUUGAUCCAGAGUCGUUCAAGAAAUGGCUUAAUAGUAAGCGACACCAACGGACUCACUCGAAUUCUGAAUCUUCUUCUUCUAAUAAAAAGACUUUUAUUAGUUCUGGGGGAUUGACGUUUGAACGCUGGCUUGAAACAAAGUUAUCAAACCGUCCCUUUAGUGCUGUAAAUUACGUCACCGAGUCACGUGAUUCAACAUCAGGGGUGACCAAUAAAGUUAGAAAACAAAAUGUUUCUGGAAAACCAUUUGAGGUUUGGUUAGCAGAAGAGAAAACAUUGGAGCAAUCUAUUCAUGGCGGAGAAAAUCACAACGAACAAGACAAAAACAGUUCGAGAAGUGGCAAAACGUUCGAAGUGUGGUUAAAAGAAAAACACAGUCAAAAGCAGAUUGAGCUGGUACAAAAGAUAACUACAGAGAAAGAGGAGCAAAGACUGGCGGAAAUAGAUAGGUUACAGAAGUGGCUGAAUCCACGUUACAAGACUUACGAGGACUGGCUGGCACUUAAGAACCAUCAAGCUAGGUUUGAACGCUUGCGAACCCAGAGUGAGCCACAAAAACAACAAGAAGACAUUUCCGAGGAGGAAAAACAAAAGGACGCCAAAGUUGUUUAUGACAUCUGGCAGACAAUGAAGGCACUUCACGAGCUAAGCGACGAAGACAGGAAAUAUAAGGAAAUGAAAGCAAAGUGGGCUGCGAAGCAACGCGCUAAAGAGCAGCUGAGAAGGCUUAAUGUUAUAAAUAAGGCCAAGCAGUUUCACUUGCGAUCUACAUCAGCGCCGAAGAGUUGA